AAGUGAAGUAAUCACGCAACGUGGACUGCAUGCAAACGCCAGACUCGGUGGUCGGUGGUCAAAAGGAAAGGCACGGGGUGACAUUUGGGUGGCCGGAAUCGAUACCAGCGGGUUUCCAGCGUGGACCGUCGUUCACCGCGACCGUCUCUCAUUUGUGGAAAGGUCCUCGCCGGUGAAGGAAGUCUAAUUCGGAGUAACAGAGUGCCUCGAAAGAAACAUUUCCGGAAGUUUGUGGAACUCGUCGGAAGUAACAGUGGUGCCACCUGCCAAGGGUUCAGAAAUAUGCUGUUGGUGUUGGGAGAAAAAAGUGCUGAAUAAUCCAAAACAGGAAGUCCCAGCUGGGAGUGGCCUUAGGUGUAACAGCAAAGGUCACAGAUUGUGGCGGAAGAGUGAGAAAUGUGCUGUCGUGGUUGACCAACGGCGGGUUCCAUAUCGGUAAUUGCGAAUCCUGCAAGCAAGCGAAAACAACUAGCCCCAACUAGCGCAAGUGUUCAUGGAAUUGGUACGAUGGAUCUGAUAUCGCUACCUCCGUGCUCCCGACGACUGGACUCUGGGAAAAUGCUAGCUAAUGGCGUGGAACAGAGUGGCGGACUAUCGCCAACGUCCACCACUAUCAAGAUAUCGACAACGUACUUGAAGACCCCCGUCAAAACGGACCAGGAAAUCCUGGAAAACUCCAUGCUGGAGGAUGAUCCCAACUCGAACACAAUUAUCACUUGUCACAACAGCAUCAGCGGCAUCAACGGCAGUAAUUCCCCCCUGGACGCCAGCGCAGACUCGACCAACUGUGCGGCCAACGGCCCCCCGAACGGCACCAGUUGCCACAACGGCACCGACGUGCUCGAAAAACGACCCCGGUGGGGACCCCAACACAAGGGCGCCCAGGAGCUGGCCAAGCUGUACAGCAGUGGUGAGUAUCGCGCACUCUGUUUAUGGAGUGUGGCCAGGUGGCCCGCGGUCACUCCCCCCCUCGCGAAAUGUGGUCCAACAGGAAUGCUGUCCACCGAAAUCGAUGUAAUUGUCCAGGCCUGCUAA